UUGCCCCCAAAACUUGUGUUCCUCCUCACUCUCCAUUUUUAGAACCAGUUAAUAGGGUUUCAAAGUCCGAACAAAAUUCAAUUCUCAUUCUGUGCAACCCUAUUCCUUUCUAAAUAUCUCCAGAAAACGCCUACAACAUUCUUCCUUGGAAUUCACCGUACUGGAUUAUUAGGUUUUAAUUUUAUUCAUGAACGUCGACGAUUUUUUCAUGACUUAUGAAUGGAUAUUAGCUUCUUCUCCGGCGCCGUCACGUUUAUCUGUUGCGUUUUCACCGCCGCCGCUAUUUUAACACGCCGAUCAAAUUCAAAAUCAAAAUCAGUUCCGACGAACGGCAGAGAUAAUUCUCGUAAUUGUGCGUGUGGCAGUGGUGGAGGAGGAAGUUUCGAAAUGGUGGAGAAGGUUAGUGUGACAGUGGCGGCGGGAGAGAAGCAGACAGGGGCGUCGAUGAUGGAGCAGCUAGUUCCGGAGAUCACGACGCACGCGUUGAGCUAUUUGGAUUAUCCGAGUCUUUGUAGGCUUUCUAUGACGAAUUCACUAAUGAGGAAAGCUGCAAAUGAUGAUAAUGCCUGGAAAGCUCUCUAUCAUAAGGAUUUCACAUUGGAGCAGGAUUCUAUGACUCCAAUCAAUGGAUGGAAGGCUUACUAUGCCGCUACAAGAGCCAUUAUGAAUGUCAAUGCUGAGUUUUUUAAAAUCAUUAAAGAAAGAUCACUCCCAGCUAUGGAACGUUUUUGGCUCAAUGCAGAUUAUGUGAAGUGUUUUCAUGCCUCUGGGGAGUACUUUACAGGUUAUAAUGCAGUCAUGGGCAGCUGGCAGCUGGCUUUUAACUGGGAGCAAAAUGUUGACUUCGAGAUUAGAGACGUAAGGGCAAGGGUAAUGACAGAUGCGGCUUGGGUGACUAUGAAAGCGUAUCUUAAUAUGGGUUCAGGUAAUGUGACUAACGUGUUUGAGUUCCAUAACGGGAGAUGGUACAUGGUGCAUCAUCAUUGCUCAGUGAUGCUCAUUCAUGGAGGUGCAGGGCAACAAGUUGUGCAUGGAUAGGAUUAAAGAGAGGCCAACAGUGAAGAAGAUUGAUUAUUCUUUUGAAAUUGAAAAGUGGUAUAGUGUUCGUUUAUAGUAGGAUUGACUCUCUGGAAUCUCCAUAAAAUUAUUUAUGUAGUUCCUGCUUCCUUUUUUUUCUUAUUUUUCCCAUCUUUGGUGGUUUAGAAAUCGCUAGUUUCUUCCCACCUAUUUUUGCUUUGCUAAGUUUCUUGGCAAUACAAAUGCACAGUUUGAUUUGUCAGAA